AUUGUAAAAUAAUGUUUUCAGGAGGCGUGAGAAAACACCGGAUGUGUAGUUCUAUUUAAAAAGUUUUCGACACAUUAAUAAUAAAUAUUUUAUACUACAUUUUAGUUUUUGCUGUAUUUUUUCAUUAUGAAAACUUUAUUAAUUUUAAAACGAGUCAAACUCCAAUUUACCUCUAAUAUUGAUUAUUUGUGUAAUGUAUUCUUUGGACAAACACCUCCCCCAGCAUUAUCCAUUGCUCAUUUGAAUGAUGUACCAAAUAAAAUAACCUUCAGAUGGUUAGAUGUUAACCAAAUGUUAAACAAUUCAAUUUUACUAGCUGUGCCUAAGCAUAGAAGAACUAUUGAAAAACGUUUAAAGCGUAAAUUUGGUUGUAUUAAUGACUUUUAUAAAAUGUUAUUACCUCGUACCGAUUUACUUACAUGCAAUCAUUGUGGACAUACUUACCAAAAACGUCACUUGUGUCCCACUUGUUAUAAUAAAGUUAAACUUGAAACUUCUGAAAUGCAAGAAGCUAUUGAGAAAGAAUUAGGACUAGAACCAAUAGAGCAAGAAGUUGUAGUUCUAUAUAAAGGAGAAAGAGCUAAACAACCUGAAGAAUUCUGGCAGGGUAAAAGAAUAAUAGAACUAAAAAGAGAAAAACCUUCAUGGUUCAGUAAGAAUUUGUUGCAAAGGACAACAAUCAGCAAUACUGACUCAAAAGAUGUCAAGCCUUCUGAACUAGCUUAAAACUAGAAACAAUAAAAAAUGUUUAGCAAUGCAACUGAAAAAUACCUUUUUUACUAUAACAUUAGUUAUAAUUAAAAUAUAUUUACAUAGUAGAAAAUAAAUAAAUUUGUUUUAAAAAU